CACCUCGGACGUUGCAAGGGCAGGGUAGCAGUCGGUCAAGAUGGUGCAAUCGGGACGACUUGUGCUGUUGGUUUCGUUGGUAGUUGCGUUAGGAACUGCAAACGAAUUGAACUCAUCUACAAAUGAUGUCGUCGUACCUGAUCUCGCUAAAAUAGACAGUGCACUCUUGCAAUCUUUGUCUGCAGAUAAAUUACUGUCGUUGUGGUUCAUAUUCGUCCUGAGUGAUCCGCACAAAAUUGCCGAUCAGCCAUGGACUUUGUUCGUCCCCCUGAACUCGGGACUCCCUGGCCCCGGGGUGGGCGGGUUUCUUAAAGACAAACUUGAGACCAAAAAUCUCCUCCUCAACCACGUGGUGCUGGGCUCUGCCGUGGACCUCGCUGCGGAGGAGCGCCAGCAGCUUACAUCUCUUGGAGGCGUUCCCAUAACGAUAGUCACGGAUAACGAAGGAACAAAAGUGAAUGGCAUUAAGGUGGUGCCCAGCAGCAUUGCUGUCGAUGGAGGCACAGUAGUGAUUCUGGAAAAGCAUCUGCCUAUUGAAACCGCCACUGAAAUACUCGAUAACUCCAUUCAAAGUGAGACGAAAUCGGACACUUCUGAGGCUCCUGUUAUCGUGAGAAUGAGGAAGGUCGUCGCAUCACAGAACCCUAGACCAUCGCCGUUGAUGGUUGGCCGUCGCAAGAAAGACUCAACUUCACUCGAUGGUUCAGGAAAACCACCAGUAGGGUCCUCCAGAUUCGAAAAAUUCAAGUCCAUCCGACGGAAGAGCUUCAACGAGAAGACUCCUGAACAAAACCUCCCUGUUGUUGCUACUUCCACAACCGAGAAACCUGAAAUUCUCACAACCACAGAAAUUAUUGAUGAAGGAACAACCACUGAGGUUGUUGUGGUUCAAGACGAUACAGAAUCUCCGCAAACAGAAGAAAUUACAGGAUUAAGUGAAGAGUUUACAACUCCGACGACAACAAUAAGCCCUGUGGACAUAUUUUCCUUCUUCGCAAAUGUCAUUUCCUCGACCGAAUCUGAAGGUACCACAACUGAACCUGACCUUCUAUCGCGUUCUUUUGAUGAAAUAGUUGAACCAACGACCAGUCUAACAGAAGAUUUGACUGAAAUAGAAGUAACGACUUUAGAACCUACUUCUGAGAGCGAGAAUGAAGCCGUAAUUCUCAAUAAACAAACUGUUUCUGACAGCGACUUCGUACCAUUUAACGAAUUCUUCAGUUCACAAACAACGAAAAAAUCGACCAUUGAUGCCCCUGUGGUUGAGAUCCAAGCCACGGGCGAGGUUUUUAGCGACACAAAAAGUUCGAGCAAUUUUUCAGAUUUCCUCGACUGGAUGAAAAAUGAAAUUAAUUCUCGGCAGCAGUUCGGAGGCAAGGAGUUCCUACAUCACCUUGUAGAGUCGGGCGUUUCUCAGAAGCUAACCGAACCAAAACAGUUCACGGCCAUCAUACCCACGGACGAGGCUUUCUACGCCUUCUACCCCAUCGACUGGGGCUUCAACCCCUUCUUGGUUGAGAGCUUCCUGAAGAAGACCCUUCAGGAGCACCUGCUGGAGGGCGACGUCGCUCUCGAAGACCUUCCUGACGGCGCCAGAGUGAUCACCCUCGCUGGCAACAGCGUCAGCAUCAACAAGACAAACGGCGUGCUCGCAGUAGGCGGAGUUCGGGUGUUGGCUGAGAGCGAAUCUAUCGGUCCGUUCGGCCGCAUUUAUUCCGUACCCAAGUUCUUCAACGUCAACCACGCCACCGUGGCAAUGCUGCAGAAGACUCAUCCUCACUUGGAGCGCGCCCCUCUGUUGGGCAGCCCCUGGCCCAUGUCCCAGUUCCUCUCACACCUCCUACAGAAGACUGAGCCUACUGCAUUCACCAUCACCUUUCAGCAGCGCGACCAAACUAUGAGCAAAUUCGCUUCGUAUCUCGCACGUUCACAUCUCUCUCAUCUGGCGCGCUCUUUUGAUGACGAAUCGAACCACUUGGAGUACACAGCUCUGGUGCCUUCAGACAGCGACAUCAAAGCUUGGAUCGCUUCUGCUAAGCCAAGAGUCGCCGCCGAGUUGCUGGAGGACUCAUUCCCCGUAUUCCCUAACGAUCCUUUCUUCGCCGAUACCGAGGAAAGGAACCGCCUCGUUGGGAGCCACAUUCUUAAAGGGCGGCUCAAUGUUGAGGAUCUCAAGAACAUGACUCAAGUGACCACGAUAUUGAACGAUACUUUGCCUGUUACCGUCACUGAUGAUGGUGUAAUUAGCAUCGGAGGCACUGAGCUCGAGCUGCCUGGCGAGAGCAUCUAUAAUCUCGGUGUGAUGUACAGAGUGAAGGGACCUCUCCUCCUACAACACAUACCGUCCGUAAAAAAUGAACAAGUUUUCCCCGAAGUUGAAAGCGAGCUGGAGAGCGCAGCAGAAGCGACGUUACCGCCACAGCCGCGUGUUGUCACCAGGACCGAGGUGAGCGUCAGCCGCCAGGUCAACAACGGCAACAUAGAGCCUGUACCGGUCGCUGCCUUCCUACAGAACUUGGCUCGACACCCUCAACUCGUUUUCUAAAUUCAUCUUCAUUGCCAGUACUAAAUUUUCUCAUAUUUAUGAACAUAUAUGGUAAUUUUUUUAUGUAAAAUGUCACGUUACCUCUGCUGUUUUUCACUGAGAAUCGCUCCAGUUACCUAGGCCUUUAGGUAUGAAUAGCGAUGAUAACGAUUUAUGUAUCCUUAGAGCUUAGACAAAGAAUACAUGGGUGGAUCUUUCGGACAUUCGAACAAAAAACAAAGGAAUUGAACUUCAGCCAAAAUUUAGACCAAAAGGAUAAGAUAAAUCAACAAAGUAUAUAUUUUUUUGUUACUUCAUAGGCGCAAGGUCUAAUGCCUUAGUCAUGGUCUACACACGUUUUGAUUUCUUAUUUGUAAUUUAAUAAUGAAAAGUACCUAUUUUAAAAUUUACAAGUAUGAAAAUAUAUAGGUAUAUCUCGUGUUUUAAAUUUCCACUAAGCAAAACUAUAAAUACAAGAAUUUAGUGUGGUUAGCCUUUGUUAUUUUCUCACAAAAUGUAUCACUAACAUGAUAGGUAGGUAUUCAAUAUGUAAAGCUACAUUAAGCCCCAUUUAAGUGCGCAUUAAGGGAAUGCUCAUCAUCUGUGGUUGCGUUCCUUUCACUUGCAAAGGUACGACAAUAUUUUUAAAGCUUGGUGGAGACCAAAUUUACUCUGUAAAUAACAUUUUUUAGCCCUGCAUCUAUAAGUACCUAACCUUAGUAUCAUUUGUGAAUAUUCUUCAACAGUACAUUUUUUAUAGAGGCCAGUAAUUUUAAGUAACCCUAAGUGCUUUGACAUGCAUACCAUAGUCCAUAGUUUAACAUUUUUGACUGCUGAUGCCAGAAUUCAAGUUUGGCAAACAAACUGUAUACUAGUAUGUAUCUUGCAUUUUUGAAUGACUGGACUUCAACAUCAUGUAUUUUUACAGUUCAAUAAAUAGUUUUAAAUUUC